AUGAGUUGGACUCAUCGAUUAACAGGACUUGAUCUGUCAUCAUCGUCGUCAUUACUCAGAAUGGGAUCAAUUAGAAAAAAUUCGUUUGCUCUAUCGCUAUUUGAACAUCGUCUGGCUAAAUAUCGUUCAUUACCGUUUCUUUGGUUUCGUGCAUGCACUUUAGCGACACCACGUCCUAUCGGUGGUAAUAAAAAUACAAUUCUGAUUUCAUUUAAUCAUUUCGCUGCGAAAGGUCGAACGACGAUUGAAUUAGCAAAAAAGGAUGGCUAUCCACUUGGUUUAACAAUAUCGGGCGGUAUUGAUAAAGCUGGUAAGCCACGAGUAGCACAACUUAAGCCAGGUUCAAUAGCACAAAAAUCUGAUAUGCUGGAGAUUGGUGAUAUUUUAAUUGGUAUCAAUGGUAUUAAAACAGCUGGUCUUAAACAUGAACAAGUAAUUGAUUUAAUUAAACAAGUCGGAGAUCAAUUAAUAUUGGAUAUUGACUAUGAUCUACCGAAAUGGCCUAUACAUGCAAUCAAUACAGUACAUACCAAAACGAUACAAAUUCAGUUAGAAAAAGAAGGACAAAGCUAUGGGUUUGUUUUACGUGGAGGAGAUUCAGAUGACAAGGCUAAAGUGAGACCACUUAUUGUUACAAAGAUACGUUCACAAGGAACAGCUGAUAGAGAAGGAACACUUAAGAUUGGCGAUCGCGUAUUAGCUAUAAAUGGAAUUAAUGUUAGCGGAGCAUCGCUGCAGGAUGCACAUCAACUCAUGAAACAAUGUCGCGGUACAACUUUAUUUCUUAUUGAAUAUGAUGUUGCUAUUGUUGAUAGUAUUAAACAUGCUUCUGGUCCACUUUUAAUUGAAAUUGAAAAAUCGUUCGGAUCAAGAAUUGGACUUAGUUUAGCACAGAAAUGGACUCGAAAUAAUCAUUCAAUUAUUGUUAUUGAUAAUGUUAAACCAGCAAGUAUUGCUGAUAGAUGUGGAGCACUACAUUGUGGUGAUCAAAUCAAUGCAAUCGAUGACAAAUCCUUUAUUGAUAUAUCUCUAGCAGAAGCUAAUACAAUUAUUCAAUCAUGUAAAGGCGAUUUUUGUCGUAUUGAAGUCACACUUGCAAGUGCAUUAGCAUCAAUGAAUAUCAUUGUUGAUCAAUCACAAAAUCGAGUCAAUGAGAAUAAUCAUCAAGCAUAUUAUCGUUCAUCAAUGCAAGCAAAUAAUUGGACAUUGAGAAAUAAUUAUCAACAUCCUACUCGAAAACAAAUUAGUAAAACAAAACAUAAUUCAAUUAGUCUUAAAUCAUUGGAUAAUUUAUCAAACGAGAUCUCACCAUGGAUUGUUAAAGCGUAUAAUCUUCUCGAGUUAGGCUCACUUAAUUCAUCGUAUCAAACAGUUCUCAGCAAUCACAUGUGUCAUACAGAAAUCAUGGAAUGCAUUCUUCAAUUUGAUUCACUGUGUUCAAAUCGAGUUUCGAACGACGGAGAAACAAUGAGUUGUUACGGUUUUACAAUUCAGGGUGCUUCGUUUGCAUCAGAGGUGCUUAUACAACCACCUAUUAUUGGAUAUUUGGAACCAAGUGGUCUUGCUGAAAGAUCAGGUAUUCUCCAGCCAGGUGAUCGUAUUCUUGGGAUCAAUGGACAACAACUAGAAGGUAUGACAUUAGAAGAUGCUCGAUCCAUAGUAAAAAGAUCAAAUCAUCAAAUACAUCUUGAAAUUGAAUUUGAUGUUGCUGAUUCGGUUAUGCUAACAUCGGGUAUUUGUGAAGUGAAACUUUUAAGGAAAAAUCUUGAUCUUGGUUUAUCUAUGACUUAUUCUCGUUCGUCAAAUUUUGAUGAAAUUCCAAUAAUAAGCGAUGUUAAACGUGGCAGCGUAGCUUAUCGUUGUGGAAUGAUUCAACCAGGUGAUCAUCUUUUAUCUAUUGAUUUGCAUUCGUUACGUGGGAAAAGUUUAAACGAAGUAGCAUCAUUAUUAAAAAAUUGUGAUGAUAUUGUACGAUUACGAAUAAAAAAAGAUGAUAUCUAUUCACAAGAUAAUCUUUGUGAAAAUGUUGUUGUUUAUAAAGUGCAAUUGCAUCGACAAGGUGGUCCACUUGGUUUAACAAUAGCGGGUAGUGAGGAUGUAUUUGAACCAAUUAUUGUAUCGGAUUUAUGUGAAGGUGGAUUAGCUGAUAAAACAAAUGCAAUUCAUAUUGGUGAUCGAAUAUUAGCAAUAAAUGAUGUUAGUCUACGUGGUAAAGGUCUUAAUGAAGCAAUAAAAUUAUUACAAUCAAGUGGUGAUGAAAUAACAUUAAAAAUUUCUCGUAUACUGAAUCAACAUCAAAAUUAUACGCCAUCUGUCGAUUCAGCUAUGGAAUCUUGGGAUAGUUCAAAUACUGAUAAUAGACUUAGUGAUAAUAGUGAUACAACAACAACAAAAGAAAUUAUUGUUAAUGAUCAUCAACAUUAUCAAAUACCAAAUUCAAAUGGAAAUGACAGUGAUUUUGUUCUUAAACAUCAAAUUCAUUCAAUACCUGUAACAGCAAACACUCUUAGCCGUUCAAUUGUAACUUUUCCUAUUGCAUCUGAUUAUCGAACACCAACAACCAAUGGUCGACUACGUGAACCCGUACGCCAAUUGGAACAUGAACGACAUAUUUCAUCAAUUAUAAAUGAUAAAUCGAUCGGAACGAAUAUUUAUGAAAACAAAUACGAUAAUUAUGGCAGAGAUCGAUUAGCAAAUGAUACUGUCACUGUUGUACUUAAGCGUGAUAGACGUAUACUUGAUUUCGGUUUUUCAAUAUCUGAUCGUCUUUACGGUACAGGAGUUUAUAUAAAUAAAAUUCGACCAAAUGGACCAGCUGAAUUAGAAGGAACAUUAAUACCGUGCAUGAGAAUUUACAAAGUCAAUAAUAUCGAUGUCACACGUAUGGAAUGCAAUCAAGUAGUACCAUUGUUAUCAUCAUCAACCGAUGAUUUAAUUUUAAUAGUUGGACGACGUCCUGCGCCUAUGUUUGAUGAAACAGAUGAAUUAUUUCAUAUGGACGAAAAUGAAGAUGAACAUCAAUCAGCUAAUAUUGCUGAUGAACCAAUCAGCGAAAAUCAGAUGCCAACCGUAAAUGACACCAAUAUUUAUUCUCGUCUUUCACAAUCGAAAACGAGUGUUGUAUGA